AGACAAUGUGACCAGCAGCUAAACAGACCUCCCAUACUGUGAGCUCCACACGCACUCCAUAGCAAAACAGACCCUCCCCCUUCAUCUGUGUGACCCCCCUGUCUCACUAGACAGACCCUCCCCCAUUCACCGGAGUGACCCCACGUUGAACGGACCCCUACUCGCUAAGGUGUCCCCCUCCCCAUUACCGGACCCCCUCCCCCACUCACCGUGCAUAUCCCGUGCUGAGCACAGACCCUCCCUCCCCCACUCCCCGCCGCUCAGGCGGACACCGCUCGCAGUUACUGUCCCGUACAGCCGGACCUACCGGCAGAUCCCCAGCCCUGGAGCAAUGAGUGGAGAGCGCGGGCAGGCGGAGAGCGGCGGUCGGAGAGGCUGAAGGAGGAGUCCCCGUACAGCGAGGCCGGAGCAGGCAGUGAGCGCAGCGCGGGAUGGGGGCCUGCUCUUACUGGGGGCCGGGGCUGCUGCUGUUAGGCUGCGCCCUGCUCUCCGCCGUGCUGACCGACGGCGAUGGACGUGGCUCCGGCGGAGUCUCGGCUCUACCCCCAGGCUGCAAGCAGGACGGCCGGCCCAAGGGAUCAGGCAAGGCGGCCAGCCCCGAGCCCGGGAGGGUGGUCUGCAACAGCCUGGACACCGGCAGGAGCUUCCCGCUGGGACCCCUGCCCAACCGGACCAGCACCCUGUGAGUACACCGACGGCGAAUUCCCUAUGUAUCCUUAUCGCACGUUUAGUGUACGGGGCAAUGCUGGGAAACCUUGUAAACGUGGAACGAUCACUAUAGAACACAAAGCAGCGUUCUAUCUGAACGUUCCACGAAUGGAACGUUGUCCCAGAAUUGCCAUAAAUGCCCAGGGCCUGGUCCUCGUAACAGUAGAGGCAUUAUGUGUAAAGGACACGUUAUCUACAUAGUGUACACUAGCUAUUACUAGUAGUGUGUAUUUAUAGUAAUAUUUUAUGGUAGUAAUAUUUUUUACUUUUUAAAUUGACGGUGCACAUUGUGGAAAAAGAGACCUGUGUGCCCCAUAUUUACUAAAGUGUGAAUUAUUAAUAAUUAAAAAAAUACACUUAGAAUUUAUGCCAAAUUAACCAAUAUGGAAAAAAUAAUCUGUCAGCUAUAUAUUUUUUUUUAUUUUUUUUUAGCAAUAUUGAUCUAGAAUUUGAAAUUCAAUUUGAUUUCCCAUAAAUUGCAACUUUUUAGCUUAUAACCUGUUGAGUAAUGUUGUGUCUGAAAAUGUUAUUUGUAAGAAAAGUUAGAAUUCUUAAAACCAAAUAAACCAGGAUCAAUAGAAUGGCUUGCAGCGUGUUUUGUAUUUAUGUGUAUGUGUAAAAAAUACAUACCUGUUUUACUUGGUUUCUUAGAGAGCCGAUUAGCCUCUUCAGAUUACUGUAUAUGUUUAGAGAAAAAAGCAAAACAGGAAAUAGUGGAGAUUGCUCUGCCAAACUCUGACCUCCUAUAGAUUUCUAUAUGGAAUUAGUGGCCAUGCUUAUCUUUGACAUCUCAUGUAAAUUUUUACCAGUGAGAAAACACUAAUGAAUGUCGUUUGCUGAUGUGAAAAUCAUAUAUUAUUAGUAUUUAACGUAUUGAAGAGAAAAAAAAAAUCCUCUCCAUAUUUUUCUAGUUUAGAAGAUGUUUUUGUGUAAGUAUUGCAUAUAUCUGAAUGUCAUUACAAUAUUCUAUAGGACAACGAGAUAAGUUGAGUUGAUCACAUUUAUGGUUAAGGCAUCUCACCUUCAUUUUGGUGAUGAGACCACCCCCAAUAGGUUGGAGCUAUGAAGUAUGGUGUUUAUACAUUUUCUUUUUAUUAUACAUAAACUGGACAUAUUUGACGAUGCAUAGUAAAAAAUUUUUGUCUAGGCCUGUGAUUACCUGUGAGCGCAGGGGCUCAUGAGUACGUAAUGUCUAUACAGAACAUUAUGAAAAUGUAGAAAUUUACUGGACAAGCACAAGACUGUUUGGUGCUCACAGAAUAACAGUAAAUGAAUUAGUCAUUUUCUCAAUCUGAAAGCAGAUGAGCGAAAAGGAUCCAGUCUGUAUCCCAAGGGGGAAAGUGUGCAAAUUCUUUGUCACCACAGGAUGUACUAAGUCCAAUAAAAAUAGCUGCUUUAUUGAAUUAAACGUGGCACAGCAAAUUGACACUUAUUGGACAGUACUAAUAAAAGUUCUGACGCGUUUUGUGCCUGUUAGGGCACUUCCACAUUUGGCUGUUCUCUGCUUUUAUUAUUGGUAGUGUGCUAUAUCCUGCGCACUGUGCCAUUUUUCAACAUACCAUGUGCCAUGUUUAAAGCAACUCGUUUGUUUUUAGUUACACUAAUUGCAUCCUGUGGUGGCAUUUAAUUGAAACUCUCUCCCCAUUUGGCAAAACCUAAAUAUCCUUUUCUGUCAUCGUGGAAAUGCAGUAGAGGAGGUGUUUCUUAAACCUACCUCUGACCCGCUCUUCAUCUUAGCAAACACAAUUGGGUCUUAUUCACUAAAUAGUGAAUUGUGAGUUGAAAAUCAAUUUUAUGAGAAGAUAGCUCAUAUGGAAAAUUAUCUACAACAUAAUCAAUUAAGACCUUUUUUAUUUAUACAUUUUCCGGUUCAAAUUUCACUACAAUUUUUGAGUAAACCAAUAUACCAGUAUUUACAGGUUUGUGUAAAACCAGAAAUGUCACUGUCUUUUCUAGAGGUUUUGGAUAGACUCUAUUCUUUUGUAAGUAACAAACAUUCUCAAUUAAGUGAGAAUUUAAAGUGAAAUUCAAGGUGAAUAUCAAAUUUAAGGUCAACGUAGCUGAACUGGAAAUAAUUCUCCAUGUCAGCUUAUGUUUUCAUUUCGGCUACUUUGGCCUUAUAUUUGAAAUUCACUUUGAAUUCUCACUUUAGUAACUAACCAUAUCAGUGGUUCUUAAAGUGGUGGUGUCACUAUAUGUAACUGCAGUGCUGUGCAGGUAGGUGUGAUUUUUAACUUCCCUUGUUGGCAUCCUGUACCACUGUAACACUUGAGUGAUGGUCUUCAAAAAAUGCUUUCUUGCCCAGUUAAUACAGAAGUGAACAUUGGCUCUAAAUCUUUGGACGUCAGAAUACUGGUCUAGCAUAUCUCUAGCGCUGUCCAAAUUUGAAUUGCUACUUUUUUGUCACUUUUAUGUUAGCUGAGCCACAGGAGCAGAGUUAAAGGGACACUAUAGUGAUCAGAACAACUACAGCUUAUUGUAGUUGUUCUGAUGAGUAUAGUCAGUCCAUGGAGUCUUUUUAACCCCCUUAAGGAAACAUGACGGAAAUAUUCCGUCAUGAUUCCCUUUUAUUCCAGAAUUUGUGUCCUUAAGGGGUUAAUGAAAACACUGUCUUUCCCGAGAAAAGGCAGUGUUUACAUUACAGCUUUGGAACACCUCUAGUGGACACUCCUAAGACAGCUACUAGAGGUGCUUCCUGGGUCACUGCUGACGUUCAUCUUCUCCAAGUUCUGCAGGGAGAUGCUGAACUUUCCCCAUAGAGAUGCAUUGAUUCAUUGCAUCUCUAUGAGGAGAUGUUGAUUGGCCAUGGUGGUGUUUGACUCUGCCCCCACCCCAUCUUAUUGGCUGAGAUAAUCAGAUUUGAGAAACUUUACCAAUCCAAUGCUUUCCUAGGAGCCCUGCACAGCACUGGAAAAAUGUGAGAUUUUUAACCCUUUUACUUUACUGACAGUGGGGUGAGGGCCAAAUAGUGAUAUUAGAACUAUAGUGUCAGGAAUACAUGUUUGUGUUCCUGACACUAUAAUGCCCCUUUAAGACACCUGAUGGGUUUCAGCUGGUUUAAGAUAAACUACAAAAACAGCAGCAUUGUACCUUUUACCAUAAUAAUUUUGAUCAGCCGUAGUGGUAAUGGUGUUGUGUGUCCCUUUUAACUGACGAACAAUUUGAGUAUUUUAAGGAAAGCAUAGUUUCCUAAGCAAAUAAGCACAAGGAUUCUUUGAUUGGAUGUAUUAAUUCGUUGUUGAUAUGAAAAGCAAUUUAAUUAUUCUUAGUAAUUGCUUUACAUACAUUAUGUGAAGGAAGGUUAAAGGAUCACUAUAGGGUCAGGAACAAAAACAUGUAUUCCUGACCCUAUAGUGUUAAAACCACCAUCUAGCCCCCCUGGGCACCUCAUGCCUCCAUAAAUAUAGCAAAAUCUUACUGUAUUCAAGCCGGAAGCUGUAAAUCUGCAUGCUGUUUGCCUCAGAAAAAUAAGCUGUCUGCUGACAUCAUCAGAAAGGGUAGCCUGGUCCAAUCUCAUAGGAUUGGCUGAGCCUGACAGAGAGGCAGAUCAGGGGCAGAGCCAGCACAAUUCAAACACAGCCCUGGCCAAUCAGCAUCUCCUCAUAGAGAUGAAUUGAAUCAAUGAAUCUCUAUGAGCAAAGUUUAGUGUCUGCAUGCAGAGGGAGGAGAUACUGAAUGUUUGGAUGCAUUUUAGGCAGCCAUGACCCAGGAAGCAUCUCUAACAGCCAUUUAAGGAGUGGCCAGUGAAGUUAUCACUAGGCUGUAAUGUAAACACUGCAUUGUCUCUGAAAAGACAGUGUUUACAGCAAAAAGCCUGAAGGUAAUGAUUCUACUCACCAGGACAAAUUCAAUAAGCUGUAGUUGUUCUGGUGACUAUAGUGUCCCUAUAAGGUUGGUCAAAACAAUUCUCUAUUUACCCUGUUUUUUUUUUUUUAAUCCUUUCAAAUUUCAGCAAGAUACAAUAGAAAAGUAAGUACUCACAAAUCACUUGCAGGGUCCAGUAUGAAUUUCUUCACAACUGAAAAUAGCCUUCUGAAAAUUAUUUUAUAGCGUGUUAUCACUUGUAGCACCCACAAACAUUCUCUUUAACCUUUGAAACUAUUUGCAAUCUCGCAUAUCAUUGUUGACCUAUGGCUAUAAAGAUAUUUUGUCAGUGCCAGCAUAAUUUAAAAGUUGUUUCUUUUUCGCAAAUUCUAGGUAAAUUAAACUUAUGGUGAGCAAUAGAGAAUAGGUUAUUAGUCAUAUGGGAAAUUGGUGAAAUCUUCAUUAUUUAGGUCCAAGUAAUAAUAUACCAGUGCAAUAAUUUGCUUACAUGCAUAUUCCAAAAGUAACUUGUGUGUAUUAACGCAUUCCUCACUAACCCUGUGGUGUAUGUAUUUGAUACCACACUAUAAACACAUCUUAUUGGCUACACUUGUACAGUACCACCAUCCUAAUGUCUUUUAAAGGCCUUUGGUAAUUAGUCCUGUUGUGUGUUUUUUUUUUUUUUUUAAAGUAUCAAUAGAAAUAUGUAAAACAUAAGAAGUAUGGAAACAAUUUAUAUAGGAAGCUGUGAAAAUGCUUUCAAUUUGUAACUUUUGUUUACAGCCAGUUUGAUAUAAAGUACAAGUGAGGUUAUUUCCUAAAAAACUAUUAGUAUGCACUUUUUUGCAGUUGUCCUUUAUUUUUUAUUUAUUCUAACUGAUCUGGUUUUUUUUUGUUUGUUUUUUUUAAUUUGUUUUGUGUUAUCAAAGUCAAGAAAAAUAGGACUCGCAGGUCCCAGGAGGCAUAUCACAAUCUGCAACAAUACGAGCACCAAUCAUUGGUGCAGUUAGCAUGACAUGUGGGAACGUUUUCGGGCUCGCAGGCCCACAAUAUUGCCGGACUCGCAGGUCCCUGGUAAUCUCUAGCGUCACAGCUAUGGUUUUUGAGUGCACCAAUUAUUACUGUGUACCCAGGCGUUAGUCUGAUCGUGGGCGUUGGGGUGGGGAACUGUCCGGGCUCCGUUCAGUCCCGCUAGUGCUGUUUACGUGUCGGAAUUAUUCAGUCAUUGUUUGUGGCUCGUCUGGGUAUAGUAGGGUUAGUAGGUAUUCUAACUGAUCUGUUUUUGAUGGGAAACAAAAUCUAUAUUAUGUUAUUAUUUAUAAAGCGCCAUCAAAUUCCACAGUGUUUUACAAUUAAAACAAUAUUGCUGUAAUUCACUGGUCUAUUAGCAUACGUCUUACUCCUGGGUACAGCAGAUUUUGCUUCCUCCCCAUGUCGCUCAUUGACCAAGGAGUGUUACCAAGAGAUUUGAUGUCCAAUGCGAAUCAUUCCAUCCAUUUAUGCAUUUACCAUGUUUUCUAACAAAACAAACAGCGGUUUUUAAAUAUUUUUAAGCUGUAAUCUUUCAUCACAAUCUUUUGGUUAUUGUUAUCUUUUAUAUCCAAUCUUUUUAAAUCUUUCUCUAUAUUUGUUAUCUUGACUUUGUCUCAGUUCCUUACUUGUAUGUCUGGUCACAUCCUGGCUACCAGAACCUUUACGUCCCUAUGUAGGAAUAGUCACAUUUACAGACUUCUGCACUGCCAAAGUCAUGUAUGCUAGAGGUGCAAGUAGCCCCUGUCACAAAACGGCAAAUAUCUCUGGAUGUGCAGUGUUCCAAGCAGAAACACUUCCCUCCUCCAAGACCAUCUCUAAAAGCAGAAGUGGUCAUCAUCAUUUUAGUAACCCUCUAAGUUUGGACAUUUUUGUAGUGUUAGGAGAGUUGGGGAUAAUGUUAAGGGGGCUUUGUGUUAUAGGUUUAUUUGAAAAACUGAAGAAAGGAAAUUCAGUUGCAAUUUGCCUUUCUGUAAAUAGCCAAAUCAGGUUUUAUGGAGAUUUCAACAGACAACCAAAAUGUAGGCAAACGAACUGCAAAUAACUAUAUUUACAUUGUAACAACGAAUGGGUUAAAACGGCUGAAUUGUAACAAUCAAGUAGUAUUCAACUAUUGAUCGGUUGCAUUUAGUGUAGAUCCCCCAUAAUCUUUUCCUUAAAAUAACGCCUACUUGUGAAUGACAAAUUUUACUCUAAACCUACAAACUAUAUCACUGAAUAUUGUUUUUCUUUUUGUUCUUAUGUUUUUUUUUUUUCUUAUUCUUUUCAAGCCACAUCAAAGCUUUUUGCUCAGUGUCUAUUCUUUGAACAUCGCCUUAGUCAUUGUGUUAAAGAUUGCCACAGCUGAACUAGUGCCUUUUUCAUUUCAUCUGGUGGAUCUGACAUGCUAGCAGUCUAGACAAUGCAUGUACUAGCUGGUUAAGAUGGUUCUAUGGCAAGCCUCGACACAUUUCAGUUACAUUUCUGACUAUUUAUGUUUUAUUUUGCUACAUUUUGCUUGAGGUCUGAUGGGGAAAUAAAUAUUUACAAUAGAAUUUUAUUCCAUUUAAUGUAUAUUUUGAAUAAAGUAUGUAGCACUUUCAUAUAUUAUUGUUGUUGCUUCUAUUAUUUUUAUUAUUAUUUACAUUUGUAUAUCACAAACAUUUCCCCAGUGCUUUAUAUUUACACAUUGGGGUUACAAAGGGUAAUAGCUUCUUGAUCCAAGGAUUAAUCUGACUGCCAUUCUGGGGUCAAGAAUGAAUUUUUUUCCUAGUUUGUUGCAAAAUUGGAAGCGCUUCAAACUGGGUUUUUUGCCUUCUUUUGGAUCAACAGAAAAAAAACAAAUGUGAGGAAGGCUGAACUUGAUGGACACGUCUCUUUUCAACCUAUGUAACUAUGUAGCAACAUGUAAUUGACAGGCAAAACUAAAGUUGACAGAUAUAAGUGGUGAAGAGAUCCUUGCUCAAAUACAUGCUUACAAUGGUUCUAUGUUUCGGGUUUUUUUUGUUUUUUUUGUCCAAGUUUAAUAUAUAAAUGAAUUGGUGUACAUGCAAAUAUGAUUAAAACCUUUAAGUUCGGUAGACGAUUCAUCACCUUUAUAAUGGCAAAUUGAUCGUAUGUUAAAAACAUAGCAAACACACAAACAAGCCUCUAAAUGUUCAAUUAAGAGACUGUCACCUUUUGUUGGUAACAAAUUCUUUUUUGCUCUUCCCAGUACAGAAUGUUGAAUUUAGGGAAAAUAUGCAAUUACCUUUCAAUGAAUUGCAACACAAUCUUCCCAUUGCGUAAACUGAUGGGCAACAUGCAGUGAAUUUGCAUUACAUUACAACUAUAUUAAAGAUUCCCUUGACUAGUUUAAUUUGGCCACAGGGUCACUACAACAGCUCACUGGUGUCCUAGGAAUACCUGCAUACUUGUUGCAUUGUGUGACAGUGAUCCGAUCCAUGAGGUAGACCCAAGGGGGAGUUACUAGGCAGCCUCAUUACCAUCAGGAUGACUCAAAGUGGCUCUGUCACUUUUGCACUUCUUUGGACAUGCUUGUGAAAUUGUGUAUGUUCGGUGCACACUUGCAAGAGAGAACACAUGAAAGACCUACCAAAGGAAGCUGGUCUUGAUUUAAGCUUCGCCCUUUAUUAUUAUUAUUAUUAUUAUUAUUAUUAUUGCCAUUUAUAUAGCACCAACAGAUUCCAUAGUGCUUUACAAUAUUAUUAGAGGGGGGAUGUAACUAUAAAUAGGACAAUUACAAGAAAACUUACAGGAACGAUAGGUUGAAGAGGGCCCUGCUUAAAUGAGCUUACAGUCUAUAGGAGGUGGGGUAUAAGAGACGUUAGGACAGGAAAUAGCAAUCAAAUAAGGUGGGAGUGAAGCAGAGCUGGAGGAGAGAGUAGAGUGCUGCCCUUUAGGAGAGAGCAAGAGACAGGUAUGUGAGGUAGAGGUUACUCUGGGAGGCCAUAAGCUUUCCUAAAGAGAUGGGUUUUAAGGCACUUCUUAACUGAUUGAAGACUAGGGGAGAGUUGGAUGGCGGUAGGCAUCCGCGAGAAGUCCUGCAGGCGUGAGUUGGCCAUAUGGGUGCGGACAACUGACAGGAGAAGGUCACAGGCAGAGCGGAGAGACCGAGAAGGGGUAUACCUAUGGUUCUGUGAGAAAAUAUAAAAGGGGCUAGAAUUGUUCAGUGCUUUAAAUGUAUGGGUUAGCACUUUGAAUGGACUCCUAUAGGAUACAGGAAGCCAAUGUAAGGACUGACAGAGGGUUGAGGUGUGAGAGAACCGACUAGAGAGGAAAAUCAGUCUGGCAGCAGCAUUCAUUACAGACGGUAGCGGUGCAAUACGGCUUUUGGGAAGACCAAUCAGGAGAGGGUUACAAUAAUCUAUGCAGGAAUUUACUAGAGCACGGAUAAGCUCCUUGGGAACAUCUUGUGUAAGAAAACUUUGUCAAGUUUUGUUAAAUGAAAGACUAUACCUAAGUAAAAGUAGUCCUCAUUUUUUUCCCUAUGGUCAAAACCCCACUAAAUUAAAAUAGGGGUUAAUAGGGGGAGAAAAUUAAUUUUGGAUCUGUAUGAUUUUGAAUGGUUGACAGGGAUUCAUAUGUCAGCCAUGAUUAAAGAAUUUAAUACUGGCAUCGUACCCUGUACAUUUGCCAUCACUAAAGGGUUAAUUCAAUAUUUGGACACGUGAGCUUGCAUAUUACUCCAGUUAUCUUUGGUAUGAAUCAGACUUGCUCAUGUAUUCCUGUAACGUUUGACCACGUUGAUUAUCCAGUCACCGAGAUUGCGACUGUUUCAUAGUCUGUCAGGAUUAUUCACUAAACUCCAAAUUAAAAUCUGAAUCACAACAUUUAGACUAAAAUAGCUUAUUUGGAAAGUUCUCUAACUCUGCAAUAUGCACAUCUUGGCUAUUAGUCUAAAUGGUUGCAAGCUUCUUUUUCUUUUUUUUUUUUUUAAGUUUGGAUUUGGAAUUUAUUUGAAUAGCUAAAUGUUUGUUUUCUGAUUGUAGUUUUUCAAAGCUUUCUGCCCUUUUUUUUCAUAUUCUGAACUUUUCCUUCUCCUUCAUACCAUACAGUACUUCAAAAUUGUAUGAAAUGGACUCUUCUUACUGUUUACUUGUAAGAGUUUAUUUUUUUAUUUUAUUGAAAUAGACGUAAAGAAAAUAUAAAAUCUGAUGGUAUCUGACACACGGCUAAAUGGCACCUUGUGGUCUGUUGUUAGACAUGCGUCACCAUUUUCAGGUGACAUUGUUUUUAUAUGUGGGUAGUGUUUUUCAUAUGCUUCGAGUCUGUUCACUCAUACUUUUAUGGACCAAUAAAAAAAUAAGUAAUCAGAGCAGGACCUCUGAAUAGCACCUCAUAGUGACUCUUUUUUUUAUUUUUUUGGGGAGUAAUUUCUGCCAAAAAUAUAAAUUAGAUUUCCAUAUUUUGUUUCAUAUUUUUCCUCCAGACUUACUGCUUUUGUAAUAAUUUCCAUGUUGUAAAAAUGUCUAAGCUACGCACAUGCCAGAAACCCAACAGCCAUUCACCUUCCUGCCUGCAUAUUUAAUUAUUAGGUGUAUUAGUAGAAAACCUUAGCAUAAUCUUUGCAAUAUAUGGAAUUACAAAUAUAAUAACAGGUUUACCAUGUGGUUUAAGUUGAUUAUCUUUGUUGCCUUGCCGGUCGUCAUUAAUAAAGCAAUUUUUUUAUUUUUUUUAUUUACAUAAUAUAUUAUUUUUUUUCUAUAAAGAGCAGAACAUCGGUGUGACUCUUUGACAGUGUCUUUUAUAGUGUUUUAAUGAGGGUUUAUUUACUAAAAGUUGGUCAAUUAUGUUGUGGACAACCACGUUAGACCCGUCUAUAGAAUAUUUUUACUGGUUUCAGACUCUUUGACUAGGAAGUCUCUGGGCUUUCUGUCCUAGUCCUCCUAUUCUUUACAUGGGAGUGCUGUGUACUGGUUUAUGGGGAUAUGCAGUUAAGCAGUUGUGAAUAGUCUAAUUUGACACAACCUGACUGAAACUAUUUGGCAAGUUGUUGUCACCCACAGAUGGGCUCGUUUUAGUUUUUAAAGUGGUUUUAUUUGUGGAGGGAAGGGUUUGCAAUUUGUAUAGGCCCAUACAUGUCACUUGAGAUUUGUGCUUGCCUAUUUUUCCCAUGACACAAAUUGGGUAUAUAGUCGCUGCAAUUAUUAUAAUAUGAAGAAGGGAGUUCAUUUCAUCAUAUCCUGUAUCGUAAAAUAAACCGUUUCGUUCUUAUGUUCCUUUUAAAGCUGUAUGAAUUGAUUUAUUUCGGGACAUGCCAAGCAUAACCUCUGCAUCUCCUUUUAUCCUUUUGGAACAAUUGAGUCCAAUUUCUAUAAAAAGGGAAGAAAGUUUCUGUUUAUGCAGAUUCAAUGAGAAUUUACAUGACUUAUUUUUUUGCUACUUUUUUGGGUUUUUUUGUCUUUCACUUUUCACUUUUUUUUCCUCCCCACAGAAUUCUCAACGGGAAUAAGAUCACUGGACUGCCGAAUGGUUCAUUUGAAGGCUUGAGUUUUCUUGAAAGGCUGUAAGUACAAUAUUUACCUUCAAAUGUAACAAUGCUAAUUCAAAGUGAAUUUAUCUUCUGCCAUCCUAUAUACACCACUGUAAAGUACACCAGGCAUUGACUAAUUUCCCUAGAGUUAAAGAUGCAGAGACCAAUUUUCAUUGGCUGCAUGUGUGAGCUUGCAAACCUUUUUAUUAUCCACUCCACAACCAUCACUUAUCCACACAUAUCCAUCUGGCUGCACACACAACUUUAAACAGCCACCCAUUCACAGCCAAAGCUGCAUAGCUAGCUAAUUGCACACAUAUUUAUGUAUGCAGACAUAGCAUAUGCUUUUAUACAUAAACACCCUCGCAUACAUAUGUGCACAAUAUUGCAAGGCUUAAUAUUUCAAGUUCCACCCCCUAACCAGGUUUUAAGUUACUUACCUUUUCAAGUCUGGAGGGCCCACCAGUGCUAAAUUUCUGCUUGCAAGAGUAAAUUUUCACUUGCUCGUGGCUAGUGGCACAUUGUUAGAGGUGGGGGAAAAAAACCUUGGAGGCUCGAGAGGUAAACAUGUGUUAGCUAGCCAGUGCCGCCACAUUAAAAAAAAGCUUAUGGGGGCUAAUAUGACUCCCAUAUUAGUAGAUCUGAGGAUUAAUUCCUCCCUUAUUCUCACAUCCACAAUGCCAAGGCUGGAGCCAUUUCUACUAAAUGGUUAAUAGACUUUCCCAUGUUUUACAAACUUAAUAGAGUGCUGAUUGGUUGGCUUACAAGCCAGCAAAUCAGAGCUCUCUGACAGGCAAGAGCCCUUUCUACAGUCUUGCAUGUUCACCCUAUUUAUUUAAUUUUAAAUCCUUGCCUAAUGCCCACGGGUGGGAUCACCACAUGUUAUUCUUUUAAUAAACACUGGGCAUCAAUGGGGGGAAAUUCUUCAGAAUGCCACAAUGAACAGCAUACACUUUUUAGCAAUAAGGAACACUAAAGAGUAUUAAACAGUGUAAUUACAGAGGUCAUUUGUUGAAAAUUUUUAAAAACAAAUGUUCAUAAAGAACGAUAUAUUAUUGGUAAUAGUGAACUUAGAAGAAGAGAAAUAAAGAAAUGAAAGGAGGGGUUGGAGAGAGGGGGAUAUCAAGCACCAGUUAAAGAUAAACUUGAGUGUUUAUAAAUUUGGUAUGAAUAGGUGGGCUGUGGGCCUUCUAGGAGCACCUAGAAGUAAUCAGAUACCAUGACAGUCAGUCACUUGGCCCAAAUCAUUGUGUACGUCUUAUUUCGGCCCUUUGGAGCUAUAUUUUCCUAAGGUCCUCCAUGCUGGUGAAUCAGAGCUGCCUUAAAGGACCACUCUAGGCACCCAGACCACUUCAGCUUAAUGAAGUGGUCUGGGUGCCAAGUCCAGUUAGGAUUAACCCAUUUUUUUUAAUAAACAUAGCAGUGUCAGAGAAACUGCUAUGUUUAUAAAUGGGUUAAUCCUUCCUCCAAAUCCUCUAGUGGCUGUCUGAUUGACAGCCGCUAGAGGCGCUUGCGUGAUUCUCACUGUGAAAAUCACAGUGAGAGCACGCAAGUGUCCAUAGGAAAGCUUUGUAAAUGCUUUCCUAUGCGACCGGCUGAAUGCGCACGCAGCUCUUGCUGCGCGUGCGCAUUCAGCCGAAUGGGAGGAGAGGAGGAGGUUCGGAGGAGGAGGGCUCCCCGCCCGGCGCUGGAGAAAGGUAAGUUUUUACCCCUUUCCUCUCCCCAGAGCCAGGCGGCACCCUCAGGGCACUAUAGUGCCAGGAAAACGAGUAUGUUUUCCUGGCACUAUAGUGGGCCUUUAAGGUGGAUUUGGCUUCAGACAGCAUAAAUGGAUUAAGAGCAUUGCAUUUUUCAGUAUUCUUAUAGUCAUCAAUAUUUUAUUUGUUUAUUUUUUUGGUCACAAUUGUGGUAUGGAAGGGGGCUGGAUGGAAUGGAGGGGUAGUAUCAGAAGAAGGAUGCAUGGUAUUCUUAAAAACGUUCUCUGGAGGCAGUCCCACCAGAUAUGGCAGAACGUGCCCAGUGCCUCCUGGCAUCUCCAGCAUCCACCAUCAGCAAUAGAUUAGCUCCUUGUAUACUAGGCUCUUUUUGUUUGUUUACUGAAAACAAAAGGAAAUCAGCGCUAAUUAAUGAUAUGUAGAUAGGCAGCAACCCAAACGAAGGACCAUACAAAGAUAAAAUAACGUAAAAUAGUCCAAAAGAGUCUCACUAGAGCAACAAUGCUUGAUGGGAUAUAACUGAAUAGUUAUUUCAGUAGGGGUGCAUCCUAGUGUUAUGGGGUAUUCGCAUAUGUGAAAGACAGAGAUACAGGAACAACCAGUAGUGCGUUUAAAAUCUAAAGGGUAAAAUAGUAGUAGAAAACUCACAUUUAAAAGAGCUGUGGCCAGCUCUGGUGUAAAGAGCGUAGAACGGUGUAAAGGAAAUGCGUCUAUCAGCACCGUCUGGUCAUCCGAAGCUCCAGGGGAAAUAAAAAGAGGCGACCAAUAGUGCGCUCAAUUUGAUAAAAAGUAACUAGAAUAAUACUUACAGGUAUAGAGCAGAAAGUACUGCUCUUUUAAUAAAGCGUUGGUGGUAUGAUCCCCACCUGGGAUUUCUUUAAGUGCAGGAACAAAAAUAAAUAGCGAGGAAAGUAAAAAAUAGUCGAAGUGCAUAAAAAUACAAUAAAAAGAGAACUGGCACAGUAAAGUAACCAAAAACCUUUACUUGAUCUAAAAUACACAAUUUAAAAUAACCAUUUUUUCUUUGUUUUUUUUUUUUUGUUUUUUUAAACUAAAUAAUCUAGUUCACAUGAAUCACUUAGUAUGGAUUAAGGUAAGUAAUUUAUUUUAAAAGGCUCUUCAAGCAUUUUGUUUUGCGGGGGUGGAGGGGAAGACAUAUAGAAUAAUGCCAAUAGAGCAUUCUAAUAUUAAAUUUUAAAAAGGGUUCAAGAAACCUUUAAAAACUGAUUGUUUUCCCUCCAUGGCAACACUGACUGAUCCUGCACAUACAAACACAUUUGCUGCAGUUUUAAAAUCCAGUGACUUGCUCUGGUCAACAGUACACAUUCUAUUCUUCAAAUAUUGUUAUUAUUAGAAAUUAGUUUGGAAGUUUAUCAUUUUCUUUGGGCUAGCUUUGUGGUUAUUCAUUUUGUACUCCUGAAAUCUUGGACAAGUUUGUGGUUUAUAAUGUCCUUAGAGUAUCUUACAGGAAAUUGACUCACUUGAGGUCACUCCAAGAACCCUCGCAAUAGAUUUUUCAAGACUUCCUGCCUUAUUAAAGCAAUUUCAUAGAUUGUUUGCAAUCGGGCUCUUUUUUGUUUAUUUGCAUUGUUCAUUCAUUAUGUUAACUGGGUUCUCAAAUACGCAUUCCUGGAAGUAAUUCCCAGCAUGGUCUUUCAAUUACAGUCUUUAAAAAUAGUCCUGCAGUAAUUCCGGCUUCCCUUUUGUUCCAGAAAAAAAGCUCUGGUUUAAUAAUAAGGAUUAGCAUUUGGAGAUGCUAUUACUAACAACACAGACCUUGUAAAACGUCCUGCAAUUAAAACGAGUCGUCUAUGAAGUUUGGCUUUAAAGAGCAGUUGUCAUUUCUCACGUGAACUGUCAUCAUUUUAAUAUGCCUAACUUGUAAUCUAUAAAUUGUGCUUAACAAGAUUUUUUUGUUUUACAGUUAUUUUUUUUAUUAUGGAAUUAAUUUCUAUUUUUGGUAAAAAUUUAAACCUUCCUAAGCUUUACUGCAGUGAUGUUAGCAUAGUUGUAAAGCGAUGCAGCUGUCCCUCUACGAAAUGAUACAGCCUCAUUUAAUAUCCCCUUGCUGCAGCCUGCAAGGAAUUGUGCGAUAUUGAAUGUGACAUUUGGGGUACUGAAGUGGUUCCCAAACUCUUUAGGUUCAAGGCGCCCUUAAUAUUUCAAUAUUCUUCCAAGGCGCCUCAAGUCAAAACAUUUUCUAGGUUGUAUAAGUACAAUGCUGCAACAUCUACUGGGCUCCUGUUAAGCAGAAAUGCUUUCCAUUCAGACACAGAUUCAGAGCCUAAUCUUGGGAGUGGCACUGGUAGAUUAUUUAAAGAAACAAUCUAGGCACAACAACCAUUACUUCGCAUUGUAGUGGUUAUGGUGCCAGCAGUGCCAAAGUGCCCUCCCAGGAUAAGUAGUCAAACUGUUUAGAUCCCAGGUUUUGCAUCAAACUGUUUAAGAACAGUUUGACAACUUACCUGGGAUCUGUCGGGAUAAGGGCUAUUAGACAGUGAUAUUUUUUUUGUGUUUCUUUUAAGCUAACUUUGUAUCCAUUGAAUGUAUUAAAUAUAAUACUAUCCAGGUCUGGCCUAGUUUCGUUUGUGUGUUUUUUUUUUUUUUUUUGGCCACUGGUGAGAAGAAUGUAUUAAAUAGCUUGAAGGCUUUUAAAGUGAGUCAUAACCUUUUUAUAUUUUGUGAGCUUUUAUCACCUACUAUGUGGUAUGAUCAUGUACCCUAAGGGCAUAUUACAUUAUUAGCAUGCUUAACACCUUCUAGCUUGUGUCAUUACUACCUUGUGAUUUAAAUGUGGCAAGUACAGAACCAUUUGUAGUGGGAGAUCUUCUUUAAAUAUUUCUACUUCUGUUCUCUAAGGAUUAUUUCUUUAAAGGAUACUACUUAAAUUCAAAGUAUCAAAUCAGGCUACUCAGUCUAGAAUGAGAAAAUGGCUUUUACAUAAGUAGUUCAUAUAUUAUCUAAAGGUAAAUGGGAAUGUUUGCAGGAUACACAGAUAUUGACAGGCUGAUUUACCGAAGUGAGAAUUCAAAGUAAAUUUCAAAUUGACGACCCAAGUAGCCAAACUGAAAGCAUAAGUACAGUGAGGGGAAAAAAGUAUUUGAUCCCCUGCUGAUUUUGAAUGUUUGCCAACUGACAAAGAAAUGAUCAGUCUAUAAUAUUCUUAGAAAAGAUAUAAUGUAAUUAUUUUGCUUUAUUUUUCACUUGCAGGGAUCUUCGAAAUAAUCUGAUCAGUUCAAUCGAGCCAGGUGCAUUUCUAGGACUUGAAUCUCUUAAAAGGCUGUAAGUUAUGGCUUUCCUUUAUACCAUUCCCAGAUCUGCUUUAAUUCACAAAUCCUGAAUUCCAUCUAGCAAAGAAACCCAAUGAGGCUGCUCAUAUUGUCACAUACCAUUAUAAAAUAGUUAAACCCUGAUCUAAAUGCAUUCUAUUAGGAAUUAUUAGUGGUUUCAUUUUGACCAAUAUGUAUGUGAUGUUUUCUAUAGAUAUAUAUAUCUAUCUCUAUUGUUUUUCUCUCGCUCGCUCGCUCGCUCUCUCUCACAUCACAUCACAUCACAUACAUAUAUAUAUAUAAUGACGUGAGAGAAGGUAUAAUAAACAUAGUGUGUAUAUGUGUGUGUGUGUGUGUGUGUAUAUAUAUAUAUAUAUAUAUAUAUAUAUAUAUAUAUAUACACUAUGUUUAUUAUACCUUCUCUUACGUCUUGUCAGACCCUCUUCGUUCUUUUGCAUCCAUACACCAAAACUAUGUCAUGUACUUUUUCAUUUAAAAUUUUUUUUUCUCCUCAGAGAUCUGGCCAACAACAGGGUAGGAUGUAUCAGCGCAGACAUAUUUAAAGGACUCUCUAAUCUGGUCCGACUGUAAGUAAAAUUGUACUUCCUCAUCUCUUACUCAAGUAUUUCAUUUUCAGUGUCAAAAAUCACUCAAAAAUGUUGCUGACUGUUUAAACAUGUUCUACCUUUGAAUUGUGCAAGUGUAACCUGUUUUCAAAAACAUUUGUCCAUAGAUUUUGCUUCCUAAAUUGAUAUAAAAUUUAUAGAUUACAUUAUGUUGCUAUGUUUUUAUGUAUUCCCAGUAUGUUGAAGGCACGGCACGGUGGUUCUUUGUGGUCAGAAUCCAAGCUGUGUGUAUUAAAUUUAAAUGGCAACCCUUUCUUCAGCUGUGAAAUGUGCUGCAUGACCCAUUCUUACAGUGUGCUGAAAAUAACAUUAAAAUACAUUUUGAAACACACCUUUUAAUUAGAUUGUUUCUAGUUCCUGUGGGCAUCUCCAUUGCACUGGGCAAUGAAGACGUCCUUUACUUUGGACAUUAAUAACUAAAUAUGCCUGUUCCUGUUACUGGAGACCCAUUUAAAUAGCACACCUAGACAUUAUGGCUUGGUAGGCACAAGUCUGUUGCAAGUUGCUACAUUAGGAUUUGUCAAAGGCUUAUGUUUAUGAUGUAAUACUGUGAGGUUCUGUAAACUAUUAUUGAAAAGCAGAUGUGCAAGGACAGGUGAGUAGAACAAUAAUGUGCAGGGAAGUUGAGAAAAUAGUCUGAAUAUACUGAACACCGCUGGCCGUUCGUGAGCUGCAGACUGCCGCCAUCGUGUGUUAGCUCUGUGUAACCGCGACCACCCAACGGUAGUCAAUUAAGCUGCGGUUAACCACAGCUACUGGGGGGGUCAAUUGGCGGCACACGCCAGCUCUCCGGUGGUCGGUCGGUCGUUCGGUAUUUCUUUGGGAUAAAACAAGGGAACACACGGGGACUGUAGGGGCAAGGGAAUAACCGAACAGACAGACGAAUGGAGGAAGAAUAAAAGCAAUCCAUAGACAGAUGGUUCUGUCACACAGCUCCCUCCUUGUGGGACACUCCGGCAGACCCAGCUUGAUUCUUCUCGGGUCAACUUGGGGAUUUCCGGAACUCGGGUGCCGGAGAGACGUCUGUUUGUCAGGUCAACCCAUCAGCAUUGCCGUUUACUGUGUCUAUAGCUGAUUGUAAAAUUGUAAGGUUGCAGGGCCAGGCUCCACCGUAGCAACCUGCCAUUGCCCCCUCAGACCCGGUUAAGCCAGACAAAUGGGUUGUGGUCGGUGAUAAGAGAAAAUUCCUGCCCGUACAGAUAGGGAGUUAAUUUUUUCAGUGCCCAGACCAGUGCCAAACACUCCUUCUCCACUGCCGUAUAACUCACUUCCUUAGGUAGUAGUUUUCUGCUGAGAUAUGCGACAGGGUGUUUUCCUCCAUCCUCCCUGACUUGGCUUAGCACAGCCCCCAGUCCAAACAUGAAAGCGUCUGUAUGGACGAGAAAACGUUUGUUAGAUACCGGGGCAGCCAAGACAGGCGCUUUCACAAGAGCUUGCUUCAGUGCCUGAAACGCGGCUUCACAAGCUGGAGACCACAGGACCUGCUUAGGUAAGUUUUUCUUAGUCAGGUCAGUCAGGGGCUUAGCUAUGGUACUGUAGUCUGGGACAAAACAUCUGUAGUACCCUGCCAUCCCCAAGAAGGCCACUACCUGGGUCUUUGUGAGGGUUGUGGGCCAGUUAGCCACUGCCUCUACCUUGGCUGGCUCUGGUCUCUGGUUUCCACACCCCACUCUGUGACCCAGGUACUGCACCUCAGCCAUACCUAGAUGGCACUUAUCUGGCUUCAAGGUCAGGCCAGCUGCCCGAAUCUUGUCCAGAUCCACCCCUACGUGUACCAAGUGCUCCUCCCAAGACCCAGUGUAGAUCACAAUGUCGUCCAGUUAGGCACAAGCAAAUUCCUGGAAGCCAUCGAGGAGUCUAUCCACCAUACGCUGGAAGGUAGCCGGGGCAUUCUUUAUCCCGAAUGGCAUGACUCGAAAUUGGUACAAGCCAAACGGGGUGACGAAUGCCAACUUCGGGAUAGCAUCCUCGGCCAGGGGGAUCUGCCAGUAGCCCUUACACAGGUCUAUGGUAGUCCGAAACGUCCCCUGGCAAUGCGGUCUAGUAAUUCGUCUACCCAGGGCAUCGGGUAGGCGUCAGUGGUGGUCUUCUCAUUGAGUCGCCUGUAGUCCACACAGAACAAGGUGGUCCCAUCUUUCUUCGGCACUAGGACUACAGGUGAAGCCCAAGGACUGUCAGAGUGCUCGAUGACCCCAAGCUGGGUCAUCUCCUGUAUCUCCUCCCGCAUUCCUUCUCGGACUGCUUCUGGGAUACGGUAAAGGGGCUGUCGGAGGGGAGUCUGUCCAAGGGUCUCUACCUUAUGUACAGCCAGGAUUGUAUAGCCCGACUCUUGGGAGAAAGUCGCCUGUUUCUCCCACAGCAGCCUCCGAGCCUGUUCCUUAAUCCGUCUCCUAGCUGUACAAGGCUCGUCAAGUCAGUCUGGGGAUCCCUUUCCAGUAAGUCAGGCAGAGGUAAACCGUCUGAGUCGUCUGCAGCAGGGGCACAUACUGCAGCAACAUCCUUCUGUCUCUCCUGAUACUCUUUCAGCAUGUUCACAUGAAAGGAUCACUGGAUCCUUUCAUCUGCACAGCUGGCAACGACAUAGGUAGUGUCACAUACCUGGGCUACUACCUUGUACGGGCCCUGCCAAGAUGCUUGCAUCUUAUUUGUCUUCACAGGUUUGAGCACUAAAACUUUCUGCCCAACCUGGAAGACCCGUUGUCGGGAACCCCGAUCAUACCACCUCUUCUGUCUCCCCUGGGCCGCCUGGAGGUUCUCUCUUGCCAUCAGAGACAGUUGCUCCAUGCGGUCCCGGAGUUCCAGAACAUAUGGUACUAUGGGGGACCCCUCCUGCUCGUUCUCUCCCUCCCAGUGUCCUCGAAUGAGAUCUAGGGGUCCGCGGACCCUUCUCCCAUAGAGUAGCUCAAAGGGAGAAAACCCAGUAGAUUCCUGGGGCACCUCUCUGCACGCAAAUAGCAGAUGAGGCAGGAAUCGCUCCCAGUCUCUGUAGGCGUCAGUAAAGGUCCUCAGCAUCUGCUUGAGGGUACCGUUAAAGCGCUCGCAGAGACAGUUAGUCUGUGGGUGGUUAGGUGAACUAAGCAGCGGUUUAAUGCCGCACACCUCCCACAACUGCUAGGUGAGCACAGCGGUAAACUAGGUUCCCUGGUCGGAGAGAAUCUCCUUGGGGAACCCAACCCGGGUAAAAAUCCUAACCAGGGCAUCAGCCACUGUCCCUGCCUCUAUGUUGGACAGAGCUACUGCCUCUGGAUAACGGGUGGCAUAGUCCACUACGGUGAGAAUAUUUCUUCCCGGAUGGACUAGCCCUGGCCAAUGGACCCACAAUGUCAACGGCUAUGUGGGAGAAGGGCUCCCUUAUAAUAGGCAUAGACACAAGUCUAGCUUUAGGGUGGUCCCCCCCGCUUCCCUACCCAUUGACAUGUGUCACACGUCCUACAAUAUUGUUGCACAGCCUGGUUAAACUUGGGCCAAAAGAAGUUCUGUGUAAUCCUAUGUCCUGUGCGACGGGACCCUAGAUGUCCGGCUAACGGCACAUCAUGCCCAGUUCGUAGAAUCUCCAGCCAGUAUUUCUGGGGCACCACCAGCUGGCGUUUCUGCGAAGGGGCUUUACUUUUCUGGGAUUGCUUGGGGUCCCUAUACAACCUAUCCCCCACCCACUCAUAGCACUCCCCAUCUGCCCCCUCUUCCCCGGAGUCUGACUUAGCCCUGUAUUUGCAUAAAGUCGGGUCCUCCUGGGUUUCCCUCCCAAAGGCCUCUGGGGUAUCCCAACCUAAGGGGGCCUGGUCAUGCCGGGGUCUCAGCAGCAGGUGGGUCGGCUCCAGCAGCACGGGUCUGGGCACAGGUGGUCACAGGGUUGGCUUCAGCAUAGCCCGUCAGGGCAUAAGCGGACACCAGGGGGGCCAAAUCAUUCCCCAAUAGGACAUCAGCAGGCAGGUCUUUCAUAACCCCCACAUUCACAUGUCCAGAGCCCACCCCCCAGUCCAGGUGAACCUGGGCCACAGGUAGCCUAAAUACGGUACCUCCAGCUACCCGUACGGCCACUGUGUCCCCGGUAUGCUGACUCUCAGGGACCAGGUUCUUCUGUAAUAGAGUCAUGGUAGCACCGGUGUCUCUCAAUCCAGUGGCUGCUUUCCCAUUCACUCGGACUGCCUGUCGAUGCUGUUGGCGGUUGUCUCGGCUAGCUGCUUGCAUGGGAUCAGCCUCGUGUAGGAUACCCCAGCACUCCUCUUCCUCAACAUAAUGGAGAGCCGGUACUGCUGGACGAGGCUUCCCCCAUGCUGGUCCUCUCCAGGACUGGUACUGCCUGAACGGAUUUAGGGGACACUCCGCUUUGCGAUGGCCCAUCUGGUGACAGCCAUGGCACUUGAUAGGCUGGGAGUACUGGCGGGCAUUGAACCUCGGUUGUGGUUGUGAGUUCGUUGGGGGUGCUGCCGGUCAGUGUGUCGGUGUUGCGGUCACUGGUCUGUACUCUGUGCGAGGGGCAGCUUUGGGGGCUUGGUUAUCCAACUUGCAGGCAUCAGAAUACUCGUCAGCUAAGCGAGCUGCUUCAGGUAGCGUAAGCGGCUUUCUGUCCCGGACCCAUUCUCUUACCUCUGCAGUCAGCCUUUCAUAGAAAUGUUCCAGCAGAAGCAGCUGCAGCACCUCCUCUCCGGACACCGCCUGGCAUCCAGCAACCCAGUGGGCUGCCGUGCAGUGAAUGCGACAUGCCCAUUCAGGGUAUGAGUCCCCACUCAGCUUUUUCCCAGAGAGGAUGGUGACCCAUUCUUCUGCAGGUACCUGGUGUAGGGCACACUGUCUUUUGAAAUCAGCCAGGUAGCAAAGUGUACUUUUUUCUUCCCAUGAUUAUUAGGUACCUCCACUGCUGCAGCACCUCUUUGCUGAAGUGCCCGGUUUGCUUCCACGGCAGCUAUGACACAUUCAAUGAGGUCUUGGGUAGGGUUGGUGUCAAAGUGUGCCAGCCUUAUCUGGACUGCACGGUUAAAACUUAGUUCGUCGGGUGUCAGGUCAGUGAUAAUGGGCACGUUAACUCUCCCGGUUCCUUGCGCUCCGUCCAUUUCGAGCAGCUCCGCAAUGAUUUCUCUCUUUCUAAGGUUACUUGCUUGUCGACCUCGGUGUUCCAGCAAAUCCUUGAGGGUAGCUCGUUUCAGUCUCUCAUAUGGUAUUUCCAUCGGUCUGGGUUGUGUCGCUGACCUUUUGGGCUGUGAGAACCAUCCCACCACUGCCACCAGUUGUUACGGUAUAACCCGGUAUAGUGAGAGCCAAUACCGGUCAAGGGAUUCACCUUUCGAAGAGUGCAGCAGUUCACGAUCACUCAAACCCACCGGACUGGAAACAUACGAUGUUCACCUCUCCUGGAACAGGCAAAAGAAUAACCCACAGUAGUAAUUUCCCCCCCCCAAGUACGAGACAAGGCUCUCUAUUGAGGGUAAAACAGGAAUCUGGUUUAUUGAGGGCUACCUGCCCAGUAUUUAUGCAGGUCUCCCACCUGGUAGACACUUCCGUAGGGGACCAGAUGGAAGACUGUGACACAGGACAGACAAGUACCAAUGACAGACAUACAGUGGUAAAACAUUCCCACAAUGCAUCACAAUUCCCUCCUCUUUAUCCGGGAGAUAAUUGGGAAGUAAUCCAAUUAUCUCCCAGGACAGAGGCAAAUCCCAUUAUCCACGUGGUGACUACAGGACAAAAAAAAUAUACGUUACACUUAUUACCUGAAAUAUAUACAUGUAACAUAUCCUCAGAUAGCUUAGGUCUGAGCGCACGUUAUUACUGAAUGGCGCUCAGACCACACACAUAUGGUUCAAUUGCUAUGUAGCUAAAGUCUUUUAUUACACGAAGAGGCUCCAUGGCAUAGCUAUCUGGGUUAACAGCAUUCACAUGGUUAAAUACUGCAUGAACCAGUGUUCGGUUAAACAGCCGAAGGCAGAAGCAGCGGUGUUCGUGAGUAAAAGUAUCCGUUUUCAGUUCCAUAAGUUUGGUACUGAACACCACUGGCCGUUCGUGAGCUGCAGACUGCCGCCACAGUGUCUUAGCUCUGUGUAACCGCGACCACUUAACGGUAGUCAAUUAAGCUGCGGUUUACCGCGGCUACUGGGAGGUCAAUUGGCGGCACACGCCAGCUCUCCGGUGGUCGGUCAUUCUGUAUUUCUUUUGGAUAAAACAAGGGAACACACAGGGACUGUACAGGCAAGGGAAUAAUCGAACAAACAGACGAAUGGAGGAAGAAUAAAAGCAAUCCAUAGACGGUUCUGUCACAAGUACAAAUAAAUAGUUUUGCUCACGGUCUCACUCAGUGCUGCCGUGGGCUCCUCAUAGUGUAACAGGGGACCAUAGGUUCAUGCACGGUGCUUGCUGCCAUGCGCGCGCCUAUGAAUCUGCAAUAGAUAAUCAUUGCGUAAAAUGAUUCUCUAUGACCGACUGGCCGACACGACACUGCUCAUACACGUGUAACUUCACAGUAUGUAUGAUUAUGAGAGCUGGGGAGUCUCAGCUCUCCUACCCAGUGGGCAUGGAGGCAUGGCUUGGAGUUGCGCUUUCAAGCAUUCAAACUGUUAAAAUAUAAAAUAUUUUGGGUGGUGAGACAGGAGGGUAUGACGGCACUAUAACAACUUCAAUAAGAUCAAAUUAUUAUAGUACCUAUAAUUUUUUUUUUUUUUUUUUUUUUUUAAUUGAUCGUUCAAACUGUGUAGAACUAUAGAUAUGGUCUGAAGUUUUGUUGUUUAAAGCAGCAUUCGGUUUAAUAUUCUUUGUGGCAUUUAGUUUGCAGAAUUAGUGCGUUUAACAUAUAUAAAUGAUCUUGCCUUCUAUAGGAAGGAUUUCGUUUUUGGUGAUGGGGGUUUGUUGUUACUUGCAGCAUUCAAAAACUGAUUGCUUUAUGUAUUAAAACCAUAUAUAUCAUUCAUGGUGUUUUUCCAUAAUACAUGAUUCAUUGUUAUGUACCCUGUCUUUCAACAUUUCAGUUUGUAAUUAAACUUUCAUCAAGACCUGAGAUGUUCCUUGAAUUAUACAUAAUAUUAAAGAGACAGCUCAAGUCAAAGUUGUCUUAAUAUGGUUGUUAGAAUUGGUAAGAAUGUCAUAUUUUUUACUUAAAUAGUUUAACCGCUUAAAGGAACACUUUAAGCACCAUAGGCACUACAGCAUGCUGGAGUGGUUAUGGUUCUCUGACUCCUCUCAUUCUAAAUAGUUAAACCAUUUUUUAACCUGACCUGGGGUCCCACCUUCUUUAUCCUAGCCAGAAUCUCCUGCUCUUAGCUCUUCUGAGCUAAUUUGUGCAAGUCUAGCUUGUUGGCUGAGAGCAUCACUGAACACUCUGAGCCAGUGAGCUAAUCCCUGGACUAAGCGACACCCAGCAGAUGCCAGAUGAGAAGUUAACCCCUUCUGAACAGUUUUAUCACUUACUUUGGGGGUCGAUAGUGCACUCGUGACAGCAUAACCAUUAAAGCAUGCUGUGGUGGUUACGCCAUAACCGUUACAGUGCUUAAAGUGUUUCUUCAAACCCAUGCUUAUAUGAACCAUUAAAAGAAACUUUGAAAAACUUUAUUAGUAAUCUAGUAUUUUAAAAAAAAGACUGGCUACCAAAAGCUAUUGCCCUGACUGUAUUUAUCUUUCAUUUAUUCAAUGCUUCUUAUUUUUUUUUAAGGGACACUAUAGUCAACAGAAUAAGUACAGCUUAAUGUAGUUGUUCUGGUGAGUAUAAUCAUUACCCUUCAGGCUUUUUGCAGUAAACCCUGUCUUUUCAGAUAACAGACCGUAUUUACAUUACAGCCUAGGGAAACCUCCACUGGCCACUCCUCAGGUGGCUACUAGAGGUGCUUCCUGGGGCAGUGCUGUACAAUGUGCAGCACUGACAUUCAGUGUCUCCACCCUCUGGAUGGAGACACUAAACUUGCCUCAUAGAUAAGCAUUGAUUCAAUGCAUCUCUACGAGGAAAUGCUGACUGGCUAGGGCAAUGUUUGGAUCCACCCCACUUUCCCUCCUCCGGGCCGCCUCCUUGGCUGAGAUUAUCACUUCUGAUGAUAUCAGCCAAGGUGGCAGAUCAGGGGCAGAGCCAGCACCAGCAGACCAAGCCAAGGGGGCUAGAUAGUGAUUUCAACAGUAUACAUGUUUGUGUUCCUGACCUUGGUGUUCCUUUAACAAUAAGGAAGCCAAAACCUGUUACAUUAAAUUUUUUCUAAUUGUUUUUCCCCCAUUAUUGCAUUCAGUUAUUCAUAGCUGAAACUGUCUUAAUAUUUAUUUCUUUUUUUUAUUUUUUUAUUUUAGAAACCUUUCUGGAAACUCCUUUUCCUCUUUGGCUCAAGGAACGUUUUCCAACAUGGCUGCUUUAAAAGCAAUGUAAGUAGGUGUGUUUCUGUAACAUAAAAUUACUAGGUUGAAAGUAAUUUUUUUUUUUUUUGAACUAUGCAUCAACAACAAUAGACAGAUCAGAUACCUGCUAUUCAUUAUAACGAAUGGUUUAAUUGGCAACUGCGCUUGGCACAGUCCUAAACAAUGGGGUUUAGGUAGUGUGCUCCAUUAUAAUCAAUCUGUCCCCCAAAUUUUAUUUAACUUUGGAGCUUCGCAAACAGCCAUCCAUUGUAUUGUCUCUUUCUGUAUUUUUUUUAAUUCCUUUCGUCUGAUGUUAACAUCAUAUUCCUCAUUUUAUAGAGAGUUUCAGACCGAUAACCUUAUAUGUGACUGUAACCUUCUUUGGGUGUUACGUUGGAUAAAAGAAAAAAAUAUAACGGUACGAGAGACUAAAUGUGCUUUUCCCAAGUCUCUGCAAGGACAGUCAGUUACAGCGGUGAAACCAGAACAGCUGACAUGUGGUAAGGAAUGGAACAUUUAACUCGGUCACACAAACCCAAUUUACAUUUAAUGUGCACCUGAUUUUGGCAAAUGUAGUCUCUUUAUCUGAUUGGCCCAUAGGCUGUUUCUUUCUUGUUUUGUUUUCAGUGUAACAAAUUGUUUAUCAUUGAUAUUAUUAUUCUGUCAUUCACUAUUUUCAGACAUUCUGUAAAAGCUUAAGGUCUGCUUCCUCAAAGUUAAAAAUACUAACUUCUCCAUAUGUAAAUCGAAGCGAGUGUAAAUUUAGCCCUGAUAGGUAGAAAUUCACCCCUCGGGGUAUGCCUUGGACUUUUAGGCCUGGCGAGUAGAAAAGGACUUGAGAUUUGAAGCACUGAUUUAGAUAUUAUUUCUCUUCUAAUUUAAAACAAAAAAUGAAGGAACCGUCUUUACUCAUCUUUUUUUUUCUCCAUACCUACUUUUAUUCAUCAAGUAUUACCAAAUGCUUUAUUUCUCUAUUAUUAUUGAAGUUUCUUUUACAGUUUAACCAUGUUUAAAUACUUGAUAUAAUACUGUGCAUUGUACUGUUCAGUGGCCUGUAUGCUGUUUGCACUGUUAUAAUUGAUUUAAGUGAGGAAUGAUCAUUUAAAAAUGUGAGAAGAAAGGAAUGAAAAUUGGGUUUUGUGGUGAUAUGUGUUUGAGGCUUUGCCUAUUUAGAGUGUACUGUCACCCCAAAACAAACUGUAGCAAAGAUCACAUCGGUACAGCCUUACUCCCUGCUACAUUUUCAACUGCUCAGAGGAAAGAUGAAGAAUUGCAAAUAAGGUUGCAGAUGGUGGUCACUACUUCUGGGCUACAUGUAAAGCAUCUCUUGGAUGGGCAUUUAGCUUUCUGUUCCAAAAUUAGAGGAAAGGAUUAGGUUUAACCGACAAGAGAGAGAAUAAACUCAUCUUUGUUGGCCUUAAUAUAAAACUAUAAUCCUUCUGGGUAGCGGCUAGGUCUUGUAAGUGGAACAAUAGGCAAUGCGAAUUAGUAGCAGUUGAUAAGAAAGUCAUGACUGGAAGAUACAGAGUAAAUAUGAUAAAAUAUGUACAGUCGUUGGCUUACAGGGGAGUGACAUACGUAAUAAAGUAUUUCACUCAGAAACCCUGACUGAUUGACAGACUGGAAAGGUGUGUGCACUUUAUGACAAAGAUUCAAAGGCUGAUGUAUGUUUGGCUAGUGUUGACCAGUAGAAGUGGAAGUCUUCAGUUAUCUUUUAGAUAAACGUUUGGAGAAUGCAUUAAACAAAUGCUUUUGUCAACUUCACUUAGGUGUAUUUUGCCUUAAUUCAUAGAAAAUGGUCACUGCCGCUUGGAAAUAUAUGUAGCUUAAAAUACAGAGCACUUUCGCCGGCGUUGGAGCGUGUGGGGAAGACAGGGAAGGAAAAUAUUAAAACUUAAAACUGUGCAAAACGAAUCCGGGGAGGGCCUUAUGAAUGAAGGAUGGGAGGGAGUGGUGAUGUCAGUAGGAGGCGUGCAGUGCGCCUCCUACAGUGCACAUCUUUUUUUCUUCAUUUACUACGGUUAUCCAGAACCGGUCAGCAUUUUAUUUGUAGUAUUUUCUCCAUAAUAGAAUAUAUUUCACACCUGACAAAUGUAGAGACUCUGUGACUUCUGUGUUUUUUUGUGAAGAUAGAAUGCUUUAGUUUAAAAUAAAUUGCAAAUAACAGACAAGGAGCUGUGCCACUCGCAAUAAUUUUACAUGCUAUACAGAACAGUAAUUUAGUUACGUAGUGCGAAUAGUUCUUCCAUGCUUGACUCUGCAAGUAAAGGGGACUAUAACCGGAACCAUACAGUUGGUUUUUUAGAGCUCUCUCCACAAACUUGCAAUUUAUAGUGUUACUAAUGAUCCUUUUCUCUCCAACCCCGUGUAUGUAUUGUUUAGCAUUUAUUUUGCUGAUAACAGACUUUAUUUAUGCACAGAACUGACAUUAGACAAUCCAGAACUGAGUUCCAGGAUGGCAAUGUCACAGGCGGUGGGGGUUCAAGUUACUCCCAGCUCACAAGUACAUAUAACUCAGUAUGUGCAGUGUUUUAUGCUGAACCCACUGCACAUACUGAUUCCUACCACCAUGACCACUUAAUUUCAGCAAAGUGGUUAUGGUAUUUGGAUUAACCCCUUUAACAGAUUAAGGAACAUUUACCGGUAAUAUAGAAAAAUAUUUAUUUAUUUAUUUGAGUGUUCCUGUAAUCCUGACAGCAAGUUACAAAAUGUGACUGCCCCACGUGCGGAACUGCAAAUUACUGACUUUACGAACACUCUUAAGAUUACUUUUCCAGAUAUUUAUUCCCCUGUUUAGCAUUAUUCGAACAGUGAAUUUAAUGUCAAAACGUGAUGCGAAAACAGCCAGAAAUGUUUCGACUGACAUUUUGUUCUUGUAGUUUUAGAUUGUUUAAAUAUCAUUUUAUAUGCCAAAUGUCAGUAGCUAAAAUGAGUUUUGAUUACUUCAUUGCCACCUUUAGAUCCUUCAUUUCAGAAUGUGCGCUUUUCUAUAUCAGAAACAAGUCACCAGAUCAGCUUAUUGUAGUUGACCUCGUCUGUAUGAUAUGUCCCUGCAGGAAUUUUAAUAUAAACAUUGCCUUUUCAGAGAAAAGACCGUAUUUACAUUACUGACUAGUAACCCCUCUAGUGGUAGUUACUCAGACAGCCACUAGAAGUGCUUCCCAGGUCAGUGCUGCACAUGGAGGCACUGAAUGUUCCUUAUUAAUUCAAUGGCUCUCUAUAAGGAGAUGCUGAUUGGCGCAGCACAACGUUUUGCCGCGCAUGCACUUUAGCCUCCCUGUGCUUUCCUUUAAGAAAAGCAUUGGAUUGGCUAAAAUUGACAACUCUGAUGAUCUCUGCCAAGAAGGCAGAGCAGCCAGGGGAAUCGUGCUGUGCUGAAAUACAGGGGUCUUUUUACACUUUUUUUUUUUUUUUAAGUGGAGCAAGGGGAUGCACCUAAACAAUGUUUUAACACUAUAUGGUCAGGAAAACAUGUUUGUUUUCCUGACCCUGUAGUGAUUCUUUAAUUAUUCUGUGCCUCCUUUGUGUAUGGUUGAUAUGAUUUAUCUUAAAAUUCCCUUGUGUAGCUUUCUAUUAAAAAAUAAUGCACAUCUUUUUUUCUUCAUUUACUACGGUUAUCCAGAACCGGUCAGCAUUUUAUUUGUAGUAUUUUCUCCAUAAUAGAAUAUAUUUCACACCUGACAAAUGUAGAGACUCUGUGACUUCUGUGUUUUUUUGUGAAGAUAGAAUGCUUUAGUUUAAAAGAAAUUGCAAAUAACAGACAAGGAGCUGUGCCACUCGCAAUAAUUUUACAUGCUAUACAGAACAGUAAUUUAGUUACGUAGUGCGAAUAGUUCUUCCAUGCUUGACUCUGCAAGUAAAGGGGACUAUAACCGGAACCAUACAGUUGGUUUUUUUAGAGCUCUCUCCACAAACUUGCAAUUUAUAGUGUUACUAAUGAUCCUUUUCUCUCCAACCCCGUGUAUGUAUUGUUUAGCAUUUAUUUUGCUUUGCAGAGUUGCUGUAAUUGUUUAGCAAGAAGCAACAUAGAAUUGUUAUGCCUUGUUUCUGUUUUCUCAAAUCACAGAAGCUCCACUAGAUCUGCCAUCGUUUUACAUGACCCCAUCACAUCGUCAGGUUGUUUUUGAAGGGGACAGUCUUCCAUUCCAGUGCAUGGCUUCCUACAUUGACCAGGACAUGCAGGUGAUAUGGUAUCAAGAUGGGAAGAUUGUGGAAACGGAUGAGUCGCAGGGGAUUUUUGUGGAGAAGAACACUAUUCACAAUUGCUCGUUAAUAGCAAGGUACUGUCGCACUCAUUACAACGAAUGGUUUUCAAGAAUAGAUAAUGCUUUCAAAAAGUGUAAUUAUUCUCAUGCGCCAAACAGAAAGAUAUCCUUGACAUUUACCUUAAAGGGACAAAAAGUACCAUAACCACUAAAAUAAUUUUUGGGGCGUGUAACCCAUCUGUGAUAUCUGUGUUUUUUUAUUUUACUUUUUAUACACAAAUAAGGCACUAGUGAAACUGCCACAUAAUCACAGUCUCAGCAGUGGGGCCAAGCUCUUUAAGCACAACCCAGCAUUUUGUUAAAUAUGUGAAAGUACUUUAUACCAUAACUACUACAUUAAGCAUAGAUUGUAUAUGUGUGGAUGCAGCAGUGGAAGUACGCAUAAUCGUUCCUGCAGACUUAUUUUGCAUUUUCAUCUCUCACCAUAAAAAUAUCAUAACAAUCUGGGAGAAAACAACUAUAUUCUAAUAUUGGAUGUCUACAUUUGCAAGAAAUUGGGCUAGCUCAAUGCAUCGGUUUUAUGUUGACGUAUUUCACUGGGCAGACUUGCUCGUCUCCAUAUGGAAAAAUUAAUAACAAAGUAAUAAUUAAGAAUAUUUUUUUUCUUUGUACCAGUAUAUUUAGAUUCAACUUUAUUGUUACUGUACCAUGUGCAUACAAGGGCAAUGAAACGCAGUUGGCCUCUGAACAGAUAUCCAGCAGUAAUUUAUUAAAUUGCUAUUAAAAAAUGUACCGUAUUUCCAGUGUAAGCUUUCCAUUUUAAAAAAUGUGUAUUUUUUUUCCUUUCCUUCUUACAGUGCUCUCACCAUCUCAAAUAUUCAAGCUGGCUCCACUGGGAACUGGGGUUGCCAAGUCCAAAGCAGGCGUGGUAAUAACACAAGGACAGUGGAUAUUGUGGUGCUGGAGAGUUCUCCUCAGUACUGCCCUUCAGAGAGGGUUAUAAAUAAUAAAGGAGAUUUCAGGUGGGUGCAGUGAUAUGUCUUAACGCUUUCCUUUUAACAUCUGAUAAUGGUUACAAAGUAAAGGUGACUCUGAAUACGUUUUAAUAAUUAAGAUAAGAAUGAUUAUUGUAGCAGUGUUAUAUCACUAUUUAGUUUUGAAAUGUAGUAGGUGUGGAAUCUUUUUUCUCUUUUUGCGUGCAUGCCAGACUGGAGCAGUUAAAAUCCCAGUGCUACUUUUUUUUAUUUUAUUUUUUUAUUAUAAAUUUCACAAUUUCAGCAAAAAAUGGACAACAAAUGAUCAUUCUUCUCCUCUAAUAUAUACAUGGUCAUUACAUGACAAAUGACAUUUAACUCAUGUUUGUUUGGAUUUGCUGAAUUCAAAAGCAGAAAAUGUUUUUUUUUUUUUUUUAAUUAAGUUUAUGUAAAAAGAAAUGAGAAACUCAUCCCUACCGUUAGUUUAUGGCAGGCUCCUUUGGCCAUACACAUAACCUUGUGUCAGACAGUAUUUAAAGAUAGACAGUUAGUCUUUGGUCUUAUGGUCUUUCCUGCUUCUGUGUGAACCAGAAAAGACCAUAGUGACUGUCAGUUUCCAGGGUGUGACAAAAGGUGCAUGUAUAUGGAUGAAGGAUCCUGUCAUACACUGUUUUUGUGUUUUGUUUAGGUCUUCAAAGACCUUGAAAUGUGUUGUGUUGCACAGCCUAAAUAAAGCAAUACCCCACAUGUAUACCUUUGCUAGGUGUUGGGGACUUGUAAGGUCAAGUAACAGACAUGCUUCUUUUGAUCGAUUCCCAGGUUUGUAGUGUAACUAUACUGACCAGCAUCACACUUUGAUGCUGUUUUUAACACUACCAAUGUUAACCUUAUCCAACACUAAUCCAAGCUAUGUUAUGCUGUAAAUCAUCAUGCCGCCCCUGCUAAUUACAUAGUGAUUGGCACAAGGCAGAUUCCAAUUGAAUGUGUGCAGGUUUAGCCACAUUGAUUUAAAGGGCUGUGUGCAGAGCUCAUUUUCAGUGCAGCACACAUCACAUUGGUCAGUGUGUGGCUGUACAUGUCACGUGUAUUGCAGUAGACUUUUGUAGAGUACACUUUCGCCAAGAGAGUAGAUGACUAAUGGAAAUGUCCCUACGGAACUCCAUAAUUGAUUGAUGCACUUUAAUUCUUUCUGUAACUGUGCGUGAUGGUAGUUUUAAUUCUCGAUGUCUACAGACAUGUGUCUCUAAAUAUAUAUAUAUUUUUUUUCCAAGCAUGUUGUUGAGAUUUUACCCAAUACCAAUGCUGUGAUCUCAUUUUCUAACUUGCUAGGUGGCCAAGAACAUUGGCAGGCAUCACUGCAUACCUACCCUGCACACGGUAUUCUGUUGGCAGUGUCAUAUAUCCUGGCACCCAGCAAGAUGACAUAAGAGCUUGGCGCAGAUGCGACCGAGGGGGCUUUUGGGCAGAGGAAGAUUAUUCCCAGUGUCAGUAUGCAAAUGAUGUCACACGAGUUCUUUUUAUGUUCAAUCAGGUACCUCUUUUCCUUUUGUAAAUUGUGUUGCUAUGAAAACACUACUCAGAUUAAGAAAUGAUGCUUUGUAAUAAUUACAAAUAUUUGUAUACAAUCAUUUAACUCUAAUAACUGUGAGCAUGUUGUGUUGGUGUUUUUAGAAAUUCAUAUGGGAUCAUUUAAAAUCUCUGGCUGGCAGAUCGUUGUGGGUAUUGUAGUCCUACAGCAGUUAGGGGUCCACAGUUUGAUGUUCCUACUGUAGAAUGUUAUAAUAUUAUUGGUUAAUGUGUUUGCAAUUAAGAGGAAAUGGAAGAAAUUAAUGUGAUCCUAGAACUUGAGAUUCCCCAUGGAGCCAAUAAAUGGCUUUUACUAAAAAUGCCAAAAUUAAAAACAUGGGACACAUUUUCUGGUCUUGUAGAGUCUAUGACCAUAAAUGAAAUGUGUGUCAAGUUAAGAACUGAAUUCCUGAUGGCGUAAAUGACUUUGUCCGUAUUGAUAUUUCUAGUAAAACUUUGACAAAGAAGGUUUGAAAAGUAUUAAUAUUUUAAUUAAAAAAUUCCAUACAUUCAAAAAGGUCAAUAACACCUUUGAAGUUGUGUUGUCAACACCAUGAUCAAUAUAAUGAUGCAGUGGAUAUGGUGCCAGGAUUUCCCUGACACCUUGCCAUGCCAUGACAUUUAACCACCUGGUACCGGUUAUGCUUCAAUUCUUUGAUAGUGACAUUUUUCGCAUUCUUCUAUUAUUAGUAAUUGCUCUCUUACUUGUUUAAUGCAGACACAUUUAAUACAUUGCUAUACACCUCAUGUUUUUUUUUUUUUUUUUUUUUUUUUAACCUCACACAAUACCCUAUUGGGGGGGGGGGAAUAGGUUAAUUUAUUUGUUUUUUUACUUUAUUUUUAUUUUUUUCACAAUACAAUAUUUUUCUGCCCAUGUUGCUUAUUAAGAUCUGCAAAUAGUGCCAUUAAAAAAAAGAACGAACCUAAAUGAAUCUGAUUUUGGGAUUACCUCAUAUAUCUAGGAUUAUCCUAUAUUAUUUCUUUCUCAGUUACAGGUUUUAUAUCUAACUGGAUGCAUCUUUGCUUCAAAACUGAAAGUUGUCAAGUUUUGAUAUUAAUGGUUGUCACAAAACUCACAAUUUCUAAACCUAAAUAUACAUUGUUCAAAAUUAGCACCUGGAAAUAUUUUCCUAUUGGACUUUUAACACUUCGCUGCAGUUAUUUUACCACCGGUCUGACAAAGUACAUUUUUUGUACAGAUACAACAUUGCAUACUGACUUAUUUUCCCGCAGUUGUACCCCGAAUUUGUGUUCAGCUAGAGUCAAAGAAAUCUCACUUAUGUUUAUUGUAGAUAGUUUUGCUGACGUUACCAGGCCACAUUUGAAAUUUAGCAACUUUUAGUAAUUUGAUGCUCGGUCUAUUUUAGAUUGGAAUAGACCACACUCACAACAAAACUUUUCUUUUAAUACCACCUGUUGUAAGUGAGCUGAUUUUGGAUGCAGAUGAUUACAUUUUCUUUUUGGGAGGCAGAAGGGAUUCUGCGCUAAAUUAUACUUUUUCUAUUUAUCUAUUUUUAAUUUGCUUUUUUUUUUUUUUUCUUCUCUAGAUGGCACUCAAUGUUACAAACAUUGUAACAACAGCAAAGCAACUACUUGCUUACACAGUGGAAGCGGCAAACUUCUCAGACAAGAUGGAUGUAAUCUUUGUUGCAGAAAGCAUUGAAAGUUUUGGGAGAUUUGUUGAGAAACACAAAGAGGUAACUGUAUUAACCGUUUUUAAGAAAUAUAUAUAUAUUAAUAGGCCAUUUGUCUGAAAGAGAGGCCUAAUACAUUGGCCUUUUAGAUCUUAUUGGGUAGUGAAUUACUAGAUAGAAAUACAAAUCAAAAACUUAUCGUUGACUCUUCACAUCCUAUGUGCUGAACAAAUAUUUCUAUCCGCAGCUUGGGGAUGUUAUGGUAGACAUUGCAAGCAACAUAAUGCUGGCUGAUGAGCGAGUUCUAUGGGCGGCACAGAAAGAGGUAAAAGCUUGCACACGUAUAGUGCAAUGCUUACAGCGCAUCUCUACAUAUCGUCUUGUAAAUGGAGCACAAGUAUAUUCCACAGUAAGUAUGAAGCAGGUUUAGAUGGCAAGCAAACAGUUCUGGUUGCAUGCGGUUAAGUUAUGAAAGCAGUGAUGAAUAGCUUUGGCAUUGUAAGUGUUUGACCAUAAUUCUUGUGGAGAUCAGCCAGCUAAAUAGUUAAAUCAUUAUUUUCCUGCUUACAAAAAAACAUUUGCUAUUCGGCACGUUCACUGUUCAUUAAGGAAACAUUUGAACAUAGCAAAUAUAAAUUCACACUUGAGAUGGGCAUUGCUGACCCUGAAAACUUUAUGGAGCGCUGAUCCUUAUUAUUAAAGCUGUUAAUCCAACAAAAAAAAGUUUCAGAAAACCGUACUUGUUUGGAUUAACUGUAGACGUAUCAGUUAUUCCUUUGUGUUUUAUGCUGGAUAUAUGACUCUUACAUCUCUGGUUCCGAAAUAAAUACUUUUAAGCUCUGCAGAGUUGUGCUCUAGUAGUGCAGGAUGAAGUCCAUGUUGGGUUGUCUGAUGGUUUAUUGUGAAUGUGUAAUGUUAAUGGCUCACAUUAAAAUGAACCACUUUAAUACAAGUUCUGACUUGAAUCCUUUUAUUUAAUCCACAGUAUUCCCCAAACAUUGCUUUAGAAGCAUAUGUAAUAAAGUCUAACCUCUUUACCGGGAUGACCUGCACAGUUUUUCAGAAAGUAACUGCAUCAGAACGCUCUAUACUUGGUGAUUCUGGGAGACGAGAUCCAGAUGGUAUUCUGGAUAAACAGCUAAGCUUUAAGUGCAAUGUUUCAAACACAUUUAGCAGCUUGGCAUUAAAGGUAAUGUUCAACGAUUAAAGCAUUUUGUUAUCAUAUGAUACCAACCUGUGCUCUCAUUAAAUUCCGUUAUCUAAUUGUGCACUUUAACACUUGGCAAUAAUUUAUUUAGGAAUGACUCUGAGGUAGUGAAAUAAGUUAAAAGGAAUUUGUAAGUAAUUGCAUGUAACUAGGUUCUUUGUAACCUACCGACACCCAUUUGAGUCUAGAGUUGUCAUCCAAAUCAAAUGGAUGAGGCCCAAAAAUGACCAGAAUUAUUUUGAAGUUGAUGCAUUUCUUUUGCAGAAGUGACCUGUCUGCCAUUUCGGUACUGGACUACCCUUGUGGGUGGAAUCAGUGCAAGAUGCAAAUGUCUUAGUUCCCCUCUGUAAUAGUAAGCUAAAUGUAUUUUAAAACCUGAGCAGGGUCUGUCCAAAAAGUGUUUGUCCAUUCGCAGUAUUCCUUAAACAGAGUCUUUAAGUAAAAAAUAAAUAAAACUAUAAUAACGAUAUUAUGAAUACAAAAUACUACAAAAAUGACUACAAAUACAUUAUAAAAAAAACUUUUUACAUUUUUUUUGACUAAUUGAUGGCAGAGUAUCCAUGGAUGGCAGAGUAAUUUUGAGAUGCAUUAUUUUCAUUAGGCCACUUGACGGUCCUGGAGAAAAUGCCACAUAGUUCAGUUUCAGUGGUGUUAUCAUGAGUCUGUCUAAUGGUUCUGACGUUGUCAUAUUGUAGUUGUUGAUUUGAGUGUUGUAUGUUAUAAAUGUUUAAUGUUUUUAGUGAGGAUAAAUGGAGUUUGUCCCUUAUGUUAGCAUAUUUUGUGUGUGUAUGUUCUAUAUAUUCUACAAGAUCCACAAAUUACAUCUGUGAUUGCACUUACUCUUUAUACUUUGUAUAGACAUAUUUUGAUACCUAGGUGCAACCAAAAUCAGUAGCCACAUAUUGUAAAAUAUAUCCAAGAAACAUGGGCCCUCAAGCGUCCUUUUUUUUAUAUAUAUAUAUAUAUAUAUAUAUGUAUCAAACUGGCUAUUCCAGAAACAUUGACCUGUGAGUACUCAUAGUUCUUGAAUAAAAGAAAUAUAUGUCUUUUUUUUUUUUUUUAUUAUAUAUAUUUUUUCUCCUUAAAUAUGUGUGUAUGUACUAUGUGUUUUAGCUUGCUACUUUCAUCCUUUUACUUCUAACUUUGCAUUGUAAAUGCAUGUUACAUAAAUUUAGCAAAUGUACAAAAUUAUAUAUUUACUUUGCAGAACACCAUUGUGGAGGCUUCCAUUCAGCUUCCUUCAGCACUUUUUGUACCAAAAGAAAAGAGACAGAAAAGAGGACUAGAUGAAUCUGUCUAUAGGCUUCAACUAAUUGCAUUUCGAAAUGGAAAGCUUUUUCCAUCCAUGGGGAACUCCACACACUUUGCCAAUGAUGGGAAGAGGAGAUCAGUGGUUAGCCCAGUAAUCCUUGCCAAGCUAGGUUUGUAUGGAGAUGCUCUAUUAAUAUCUACCUGGAACACAGUCAAAACAAGUUUUUAACAACAAUUUAUAGUGUGUGUAUGUUUAGAAAGAUUGAAUUUACACAUUAAAGUUCUCCUAUUGCAUUUAGGGUAAUCAUGGAGCUAUACUGGGCAUACAAAGGCCAGGAUCCAAAAUAGAUUUUAGACUCUAGGACAUGGGUCGGAACCCUCGUCAGUUUUAUUGGGUUUGUUUACCAUUAGUUUUCACCAGUAUUGAAGCUAGCAGAGCUUCGUAUGAGAUGUAGUUCAUGGCAUAUGGGUUGAUUGGAGUUGCCUAUCUCUGCUUUUGGACAAGUAUAUCGACAUUGGUUAUCUCAUAUAAAAUAUUGUUCAUUUGUGGCCUGUUUUUUGUGUUGGUUUUCUAUAUAUUCUAAAUAUUGUAAACAUGUUGUUUAUUUGUUCCAGAUGGUCCAAAUAGAAGCAUUCCAUAUGUCCCGAUUAAUGUUACCUUGCGUCGUAUUGCUCAUGGUAAAGAUGCUGUGGCAGCUCAGUGGGAUUUCGAUCUGCUCAAUGGACUGGGCGGUUGGACAACAGAAGGCUGUGACAUAAUUGCGUCAGAUGAAAACAUAACAACUAUCCAAUGCAACUCUCUUGGGAACUAUGCAGUUUUAAUGGUAUGCCCAAAUGCCCUCUGCCUAUUUUUGAAUGUUUAACAUUUAGCAUAUAACAGAGGUAUUCCGUUAAUCUGACAUUAGGAUGAACUUGUAAAUAUCUCCUGUAAAAGUUACAUUUGAAUUAUUUUGCUUUAAGGCUGUUUUCUGCCUUUAUUACACAACCUUUAUCCAUUUGCACAUCUCACUCGAUUCACUUUUUUUUUUACAUUAUUCCAGUUCUUCGAUCUUUUCAGCUCUUUCUUGCCACAUCUGUACAUUGAGGUCUAUAUUCAUCUCCCUUACAUUUACACUAAAGGUUCUUCAAUUUCUAAGCUGUAUCUUUUAUCCAAAAUACAGAUGAAAAGGUUAUUCCAACAACAAAAAAAGUGGUUUCAUAAAGCACUGCUUUUGGUUAGAGUAACCCUCUCUCUGCUUUGGUCCUGAACAUAUGGGAUGGCUUAUGAUAUUACUGGAGGUGGACUCCUGCAGCUAAGAGGUUUAUCUCUGUAGUGCAGCAUUUAAAUUAAUAUUCAGAUUCCAUGUACUUUGUCCACUUUAAAUCACUGAAGAGGUACUGGUACUUGGAGUAACCCUUUAAGGAAUAGCUCACACUCAAAAAAAUAGUUUUAAAUCUUACAAGGUUACUUGAAACUUCUUAUCUUGACAAAUUAAUAUAAUUGGUUACACCACAUGGCCAUAUUGUGUUAAGCCCACCAUAACGUCACAGUACCACAAUAUCAGUGGGUCCUAAUAUAGGUGAUUUUAGGUAACCUUGCAAGAUUAAAAAAAAAUAAAAUAGCAUUUCUUUUUUGUGUGUGUGUUAUUUCUUAAACUGUAUUUCAUAUAUAGUUUGGUCUUCACUACAGUGGUGCUGCUGUAAAGUGCAUGUUGUGGGUGUACUCCUAAAUCCAUCUUGUCUCUGUGACUUUUAUCUAGUUAAAUAAUAUCUUGCUCCAAUUCUCUUUAAAAUCAUUUCUUAGCAGUCUCCAGUUUUCCCAACCUCUCUCCUGUCAUGUUUUAUACCUCACCUACCAUACUUUACUCCAAUGUCUCUAUAUCAACAUGCCCCUUGAUUAAUGGUUUCUUCCCUCAAAUCUAAUUUUAUGGUGUGCAGCUCUAACUUAUUCAUGCUGCUUACCCACAUAUUAUAGCAUUUAUCUUUUUAUAAUUCAGCCAUUGUUGGUAGAACAUGCAUAACCCUCACUUACACUGUAUAUGGCAUUAUGAAGAUGCUAUUUUCCACAACAAAAUAUUUUCGUGUAAAUACAUGUUAUAUUUGAGAAUGUGUGGGUCCCCGCUCUCUACAUUGUUCUGCAAAGAAAACAUAACAUCUAUCAAGUCUGCAUUCGGUGAAAUAUGUGUUAGCAUCAUUUCUAGGAAUUCACUCGUGCAUAUUGUUUACAAAAUUGUUGCUUUUAAAGUCAUUCUCUCUUACCAAACUGUAUGAGGAAUAUUUUAGCCUGAAAACUAAUUAUCUGGUAGUUGUGCAAAUAAUAUUGUUUCAUUUUUUUGUUGUUUUUAUUUAAAGGAUCUUGCAGACACAGAGGUAUACCUUCAUACAAUAAAUCAUUUGCAUCCAGUUGUUUACGCGUCCGCUGUCGUGUUGCUUUUGUGCCUGUUGAUGUUUCUUGUGAGUUACGUACACUUUCACAGGUAUGCAUGUCCAGCAAUCAUUCCGUCUUUUAUCUGAUGAAGUAAAAUUUUAAAAUGUGUAAUGUAAUAUAUUUUUGCAGUCCUGUUUUGACCCUAUCAUCUCUGUCUUACACAGUCUGAGUUUUAAAAGUCGAGGUGAGUGGAGAGAGAUCAGGGGAGAACAGGUAGAUUUGCGUGUCAUCUGCAUAGAAAUGAUAUUGGAAGCCAAAGGAGCUGAUGAGUUUACUAAGGGAGGCAGUAUAGAUUGAGAACAGUAGGGGGCCGAGGACAUAACCUUGGGGGACGCCGACAGAGAGGGGUUGGGGAGGAGAGGCAGAGCCAGAGAAAGAAACACUGAAAGAGCGCUGGGAGAGGUAGGAGGAGCACCAGGAGAGAGCAAUAUCCUUUUUUAACAUAAUGCAGCAGUUCUGUUAUUUGGUCGGUUAUUAGGUCAUUAACUGUAGAAAAUUGCUGACCCAGUACGUAAAAUAAGUAUACUGCAUCCAGUAUAGUGAUGUUUCAGAAUAGUGAGAUCCCAAACUGGAGGACAAACUUAAUAAAAGGUCCAUGUUUUUAUUCGCUGAAAGAUAAAUUCUGGUGAAUUGCUAAAUUUAUGCUAAAAUUAUGUAGCCAAGUUGUGACUAGUAGUACAGUUUUUCCAAAUCAACUUUAUUUUGGCAAAUUUUGCGAUUCAUAUAUCAGUUUGCUACAAUUAGGUAUUUAAUGAAUAAACCCUCAUUUUAAUUAAACCACUUUUACGUUUGUUAUGUCGGUUACUUGUUUGUUGGUGCUGUUGUGAAACCAUGAGUUUUGCAAUUCUCUUAAUCUGUUCAUCAAUAAAUAGAGAAAGUUACAUAUUCACCUAACACACCUUGUUAAGUCUCACAGUGAAAGCAUAUCUAUUUCACUUAUAAAAACAGAACAAAUAUUUUUUUUUAGCUUGACUGAUUGUUGUAAGCUACAACAAAGAGAGCAGUGUCGUUAUAUAAAGUGCAAAGCCCCAACAUGUUUCACAGAGCUGCGCAAUGGGCAAGUAAUUGCAACAAGACAUGCUCGACAUAUAAGAACAAAUGGCAUGCUGAAACCAGCUGUAGUCUGUAGUAAAUCAGACUGUUUGUUUUUUCUGUAUUUCUGAUGAUUGUCAUUUUAAACAAAUAAUGUUUGCACAGUCUGAUGGACUAUAUAUUCUUCUUAUUAUUAUUGCCAUUUAUAUAGCACCGACAAAUUCCGUAGCGCUUUACAAUAUUAUAGGAGGGGAAGAUUUAACAAAUAAUAAGACAAUUACAAAAACGUACAGGAACAAUGUGAGAGAGAGGACCUUUAGAUACAGAGGGACAUAUGUUCCACAUAUACACACAAGCUUCAUUUCCUCAUUCAUGAAUGCUUUUAAGGAGUGCUUCAGGCUAGAAUUUCCACAUUUAUAUUUUUAUAAAGGUAAUAAGUUUUAAAGUGCAGUAUAUUAAAUAAAUCCAGAGGCUUUACAAUAACUUCCUAUGGUUACCUUAUGCCAUAAAUCAGUGCGCAACAUGGUUUUUAACAGUUGUCCAUUUUCUACUUAUGGAAGUAAAAUACAACGUCUAGCAAACCUUUCUGUGCUUCUUGGUUCUAUCUACAACUGUGUUACUGGAGCAAAAAAUUAAAAGCCUGCAGGUUACGUGGAUAAAGGAGAAAAGUUGGCCUUAAGGGGCAACAGAAUUUAAUUAAAAAAUAAAUAAAUAAAUAAAAAACACCAUCAGCACAGCCACCUUUAACCUAAUAUUGCACCUAUCGUGCAGACGGGUGGGGUUAAUAUCUUGCUUUAGUGAUGCCUUUUCGUGGUUUAUGUCUGGUUACUGUUAGUUCUCUUUGUUCCUGAGAUGUAACAUCCUGUAGUGAAGUAGCGUAGCCAGUAAAAUUGAGUAUUUCAGCCUGGAUUAGGUAAAUUUAUUAAAGGGACAUAAUAGUCACCAAAACAACUUUAUCUUAAUAAAGCAGUUUUGGUGUAUAGAUCAUGUCCCUGCAAUUCAUUGCUCAGUUCUCUAUUUAGAAAUGAAAUAACUUUGUGACUUACCUAGUCUUCCUAAACACUUCAUGUAAAGUGAUAUCUCAUUUUUACACUUUAUUGCAGUCUGUUUAAUUUAGAAUGUCUUAUAUCCUGCACUUUUAAUAGCCUUCUAGACCUUGCAGGAGCCUCCUGUAUGUGUGCUUAAAGUUCAACUCCUAAAUAGCAGUGAAUUGAGCAGUGAUACUUCAGAGGCACGAUCAAUACAUCCAAAUUGCUGUAGUGUCCCUUUAAAGUGUGUGUUUUGGUUUUGGUUUAUUUUCCAAAUCCUAUACAAAAUUGAGCAUGCAAAAAAUAUUGUUUUGUCUAGGAAUUCUAAAAUACAUAAGAUUGUUGAUGCCAGAGUUCCCUUUAAGUUCCUGAGAGGUUUUUUUUUUUUUUGUUUUUUUUUAAGGCAUGGUUGGUAAAAUUAGCCUUCUGUACUAUAGAACAGACAGUUUGGAUGCAGUUUUAAAAACAACCACCCUCUGUCUUCAUUACAAAUGGAAACACAUUUGUUUUGUUUUUAAAUUUAGUUUGCAAAUAUUAGACAUUCGAAAAUUCCUGAUUAAACAUCUGUCUUCUUUCUUUCAGAUUGGUGCGAGUUAGCCUGAAAACUUGGCACAUGUUGAUCAACCUCAGUCUUCACAUAUUCCUGACAUGUAUAAUAUAUGUUGGAGGCAUAACGCAAACAAAACACGCCAGUGUAUGCCAAGCGGUAAGGAUGUAUUGUGUUUGGAAAUUGAAUUAGUUCACAUAAACCUCAUACAAUGACUUUUUCUUAAAGGACCACUAUAGGCACCCAGACCAAUUCUGCUUAAUGAGGUGGUCUGGGUGCCAGGUCCAGCUAGGUUUAACCCUUUUUUCUAUAAACAUAGCAGUUUCAGAGAAUCUGCUAUGUUUAUAAAUGGGUUAAUCCAGCCUCUAGUGGAUGUCUCAUUGACAGCCGCUAGAGGCGCAUCCGCGCUUCUCACUGUGAUUGUGAAUGCUUUCCUAUGGACUGGCUGAAUGCGCGCGUGGCUCCUGCUGCACAUUCAGAGGAGAAGGAGGAGAGUCCCCCACCCGGCGCUGGAGAAAGAGGUAAGUUUGACCUCUUCCUCCCCCUAGUGCCCGGCGGGAGGGGGACCCUGAGGGUGGGGGCAUAGAUUACACAUGACAGCCAUGAGUGCAGUGUAUAUAUUACAUCAAGGAUAAAAACCCAUAGCAAACUUUUUUUGGGGGUUUAGAACUUGGUUUGCUAUUUAGACUUAACUUGAAAAUAUCAGUUUCUGUAUAAUUACAUCAAAAUGUAACUUUGGGAAUUAUAAAAAAUGUUUUGCCAUAAUGUAUACAACUCUGCUGAUUUUUGUCUCUGUGAUAUGUCCUUUAUUUUGUAGAUUGGAAUUCUUUUGCAUUACUCCACUCUCGCUACAAUACUUUGGGUCGGAGUUACCGCUCGCAAUAUAUAUAAACAAGUCACAAAAAAAGCCAAACGCCAGGACCCAGAUGAACUGCCUCCUCCUCCAAGACCGAUGCUUAGGUAUAUAGAUAUUUCUAACAAUUUUAAUAGCCUAACCCUACUUUACUAAGGCCACUUUUUUGUUUUCUUUAAUCAUUCAAAGUGUAUUGAAGAGUUUUUCAAAAAUAAAAGACUGUAUUAAGGUUUUGCAACAUCUCAAACAGGAGUUAAGGGUGAAGAAACAUUGGUUAAUUACAAGAUUAGAAUAAUGUUUUCAUAGUACAAUAUAGCACUAUGGGUUGCCAAAAGAUCAAAGGAUCCGUGUGUAAAUAUUGUUCAUAGAUUUGAAUUGUAGCUAUACAAGGGGUUCCAACAAACAGGCUUUUCAAUUAAAGCUACAACUUUAAUUUGAAUUCUAUAGUUGUGCCCUUCUUGGCAUAGUUCACCUGAUAUGCCAACAUACUCGUGUGGGAUGAUUUUGUGGCCAUACUGCCUAAUUUUUCUCUUACUAAUAUUUGUUAAAUAUUAAAAGCUAAAAUAAGUGUGUGAAUUGAGAAAAAACUACAGGAAUCUGCCCACAAGAUGGCAUUUGAAGUAUAAUGUGUUAUUACUUCUUAAAGGGAUUUACACAGUGUAUGUAUGUGUGAAUAUAAAUAUAUAAUAACUGUUACAGUCUUUUUAAAUUGCCAGUACUCUUAAAACUGUACACUGGGUUUAAGUUUAGAGUGCGUGAUUUUAUGACUCCUUUUCUGUCUCAUUUUCAAUUAUUUUCUCACUGUUCUGUUUCUUUUAGAUUUUAUCUUAUUGGGGGUGGAAUUCCUGUCAUUGUAUGUGGCAUCACUGCAGCGGCAAACAUAAAGAAUUAUGGAAGUCAACCAAAUGCGCCGUAGUAAGUAAUGAAUCUGCUGGUUCUGUCUGUCAGCUAUAUUGUCUGUCACAUUCUAUUGAAUUUAACUAUUUCAUUUUUGUUUCUUGUUUUUCAGUUGCUGGAUGGCCUGGGAACCUAGCCUUGGAGCUUUUUAUGGUCCAGCAAGUUUCAUUGUGUUUAUAAAUUGCAUGUACUUCCUCAGCAUCUUUAUUCAGCUAAAACGACACCCGGACCGAGUGUUUGAACUCAAAGAGCAAACAGAAGAGCAACAGCGGCUAGCUGCCAGCGAGAGUGGAGAGGGCAACCUACCAGAUUCUCUUUCUGUAUCUUUAGUAUCCAAUUCUGCUUUGGAGAAUGAGCAAACCUUUCAAGCACAGCUACUCGGUGCAAGUCUUACCUUGUUCCUUUAUGUCUCUCUCUGGAUUUUUGGUGCACUGGCUGUCUCUCUGGACUACCCAAUGGACCUGGUCUUCAGCUGUUUUUUUGGUGUAACCUGUUUAAGCCUUGGUGCCUUCCUGAUAGUUCACCACUGUAUGAACAGGGAAGAUUUGAGACGUGCUUUAAUAAAUACAUUCUGCAAUGGUAGGAGUGCAUAUUUUGUGCAAGUUAACGUUCCUCCGUCCAACUCAACUGGAACCAGUGGUGAAGCUCCAAAAUGUACGAACAGCAGUGCUGAAUCUUCUUGCACAAACAAAAGUGCUUCCAGCCUUAAAAAUUCAUCACAGGGCUGUAAGUUGACCAACAUACAAGCUGCCGCAGCCCAAUGUAACACAGUUCCUUUACCUUUAAACACCGUUCCACAGCAUGAUAAUAGCUUAACAGAACAUUCAAUGGAUAAUGACAUAAAAAUGCAUGUUGCACCAGUAGAGGUUCAGUAUCGACCCAAUGGUCCCCCAUCCAGGCAUCACAAAAAUAGAAGUAAAGGCCACAAAUCGAGUAGACUUACAGUUCUGAGAGAAUAUGCUUAUGAUGUUCCCACAAGUGUGGAAGGAAGUGUCCAAAGUGUCCAGAAUGCUUUGCCCAAAAGCCGACAUAGUUACUUGGAAGGACAUUCCAGGAGCCGUAGAGCUUAUUUGGCUUACAGAGAGCGUCAUUUCAACCAGUGCCAUCAAGACAGCAGUGAUGCCGCAAGCACUCUUCCUAGGUACAGCCGAAACUUGGAGAAGGUAGCUUUUAACAACAACAAAAAAGACAUUUUGCGAGAACCAAUUGCUGUUGAACUUGAAAGCCAACAGAAAUCGUAUGGUUUAAAUUUGGCUGUUCAAAAUGAGCCAGUUAAAGACGAUGUCGCAGAAGACCCACCUAUUAAUGCAGACAGUAAUGGAAAUGUCCGGACGGGACUAUGGAAACAUGAAACUACUGUGUAGUAUUUCACUAAUUUUGUACAAUAACAGAAUUUCAGAAGAACUGAGAAGAGGCAAUUCAUUUGAAGACUUGCUGAAUAUAAUGUUUACAGCCUGUUUUUAUAUAGGUUUUUUUUUUUGUUAGAAUAUGAACUUCUGUCUUCAAACCACUUUUUUUUGAAAAUGACAACAUUGUGUUAAAGUGUGGAUACUUUUUAAUUUUUUUUAUGAAAAUUAUUUUUUUGUAUUUUUGACAUAUGAAUACUCUGUUCGUAAACAGUUUUUGUAUUUAAACUUGGAAUAAACAGUGUGUUUUUUAUUAUUAUUUUAUAUAACAGGUACGAUCAUUUUCUAGAAGUGAAGUUUCAUAUAAUACAAAAUAUAUUUUUUUUCUUCACCGCUCUGUGCUUCAUUGACUUCCUG